AUGUCUCUCAGAAUUCUCCGAUCUCGAUUCUCCUCCGUCGCAUCAUCUUCAUCGAAGCGAUUCCUCUCCACCAGUGCAGCUCCCGCUGCUCCUCAACCUCCUCCUCCUUCAGCCACUACUUCCCCUAACCGCUGGAAUUUCCUCAAAUACACCGUUAUCGGUGCUUUCACCGGAACUACUGCCCUAACCGGCUAUGCUUCUUACGCUUAUAGUGCGGACGAAAUUGAUGAGAAAACGAAGUUGUUUCGUCAAUCGGCUAAGAACACUCCAGCUGAUGGAGCUACUGCUCUCGAUAAAUUUCAAGGGCUUAUAUACUCAACUGCAGUAACAGUGCCUGCUAAAGCAAUUGAGCUUUAUUUGGACGCUAGAAGGUUAAUUGAAGAACAAGUUAGGAGUUAUACGGAACCAUACACAGACAAGCUCCUUCCAGAUUUGCUUCCUCAGGAGCAACAUGUGUUCACACUUGUUCUAGAUCUCAAUGAAACAUUGAUUCACUACAUUUGGACACGAGAUACUGGCUGGCAGACUUUUAAAAGACCCGGAGUUGAUGCUUUCUUAGAACAUCUAGCUCAGUUCUAUGAAAUAGUAGUGUAUACAGAUGAACAAAAUAUGUUUGUAGACCCUGUUAUAGAGAGGCUGGAUCCCAAGCACUGCAUUAGGUACAGGCUAUCAAGGCCUGCUACUAAGUAUCAGGAUGGGAAACACUAUAGAGAUCUUACAAAACUAAACAGGAAUCCUGCAAAAGUUAUGUACUUAAGUGGCCAUGCUCUUGAAAGUUGCCUACAACCUGAAAACUGUGUCCCUAUUAAGCCAUGGCUGCAGACUGAUAAAGAUGAUACAGCUCUUGUAGAUUUCAUACCAUUCCUUGAGUUUGUUGCCCGUAGUAGUCCGGCUGAUAUAAGACCGGUGCUACAGUCUUACCAAGGAUCUGACAGUGAUAUUCCAAGUGAAUUCAUCAGGCGUUCCAAAGAGCAUAUGAGGAAAACGCAAGGACAGAAACGCUUCUGGAAAUGA